AUGGCAGCAGCUGGUAAGAAUAGCUGGGGUUGGCUAGAGUUGCCUUGGGGCAAGCAGAGGACUAAUAGACAGGGGAAUGCACCCGUAGCUAGUGGACGCUAUUGCCAUCCUGAAGAGGAAGUGGCUCGACUCUUGAGUAUGACUGGGGUUCCUGAGGAUGAGUUAAACCCUUUCCAUGUGCUUGGGGUUGAAACCACAGCAUCAGAUAUUGAACUGAAGAAGGCCUAUAGGCAGCUGGCGGUGAUGGUUCAUCCCGAUAAAAAUCAACAUCCCCAGGCUGAAGAGGCCUUCAAGGUUUUGCAGGCAGCUUGGGACAUUGUCAGCAAACCUGAAAGGCGGAAGGAAUAUGAGAUGAAAUGGAUGGCAGAAAAUGAGUUGAGCCGGUCUGUGAAUGAGUUUCUGUCCAAGCUGCAAGAUGACCUCAAGGAGGCGAUGAAUACUAUGAUGUGUAGCCGAUGCCAAGGAAAGCACAGGAGGUUUGAAAUGGACCGGGAACCUAAAAGUGCCAGAUAUUGUGCUGAAUGUAAUAGGCUGCACCCUGCUGAAGAAGGAGACUUUUGGGCAGAAUCAAGCAUGUUGGGCCUCAAGAUUACCUACUUUGCACUGAUGGAUGGAAAGGUGUAUGACAUCACAGAGUGGGCUGGAUGCCAGCGUGUCGGAAUCUCCCCAGAUACCCACAGAGUUCCCUAUCACAUCUCAUUUGGUUCUCGGAUCCCAGGCACCAGUGGUCGCCAGAGAGCCACCCCAGAUGCCCCUCCCGCUGACCUUCAGGAUUUCUUGAAUCGGAUCUUUCAAGUACCCCCUGGCCAGAUGUCCAAUGGGAACUUCUUCGCAGCUCCUCAGCCUGGUCCUGGGGCCAUUGCAGCCUCCAAGCCCAACAGCACAGUACCCAAGGGAGAAGCCAAACCCAAGCGGCGGAAGAAAGUGAGGAGGCCCUUCCAACGUUGAAGCCCCUUCUCUUUUUUCCUCAAAUCAAUGUCAGGGAGUCAAAAGGACUGUGUACAGCACAGGAUGGAGUUUGAUUUGAUUAUUUUUAAAUAUUUUAAAAAGGGAAAAUUUUAAGUUUAAAUUGUUCACUCAGUACUCAUAGGAAGCCCCUGAACCAUUCGCCUUCCUCCCCCAGCACCCAGGAACUGAAUCUUGUCUUCUGACAAUACCAAAGAAAUAGGGGGUGGUUAGAGCAAAGAACCUAAGGCUUGGACCUAGGCUGGACAAUGUAUCCCUUUGAGGUAUGGGAACUGGGUAUUUCCCUGGGGUAUGUAUGCCUUUGUCUUGUCAUUUGCUUUUAUAGCAGAUGAUAUUACCCCACCCCUGCUUUUUAAACUGAGUCUAUCUUAUUUCUUGACCCAUUUCAGGGGGAAACCCCCUCCUUUACUCUGAUAUACUAGUUAAGACAGAACAAGAAAGCAUGUAGCCCUAAUUUUGAAGAUGCAUAGAGUUCAAAGAGUGUAAACUGAACUUUUCCUUUGACUUUCACCUUGUGGGAAAAUCACCCAACUUCAGGCUUAUUGCUGCAAGGAUGGCCAAAAUUAAUAAUUUUUAAGAAGCAGACUCAUGCCCUCUGCCUUUGGGUGAGGGAAAAGAAUAAGAGGGUUCCUAGAAGCCCUCUUGUGAUCCAAGGGUUUGUAUUUUUUUUAAGUUUGUUCGUAUCUGUA